ACAAAACGAAGACGACGAGCUCCAUCACACUCCGCUGUAUAAUGGAGAAAUCCGAUCACGAUUCGGUUUCUAACCGUAACCAUUCGCCGCGCCAAUCAGAUUCCUCCGUCCCCGCGGCUGCUGCGGAGGCGAAGAUGGAUCCUUCUAACGAGAGUGCGAUCAAACAGUCCCAUCCUGUUCCCGAUUCGCAAGAUCGGAGAGAAGAAGACUUGCCUUCUCAUCCUCAUACGCCGCCGUCAAGUUCCGAGAAGCAGCCAUCAGCGACGCAAGACGCCACGCCGCCACAGACACUUCCGGUUCAUCGCAAUCAAGAACCGUUGACGCCACGAGGGCAACAACAGACGGAAGCUGAGUCCGAUGAUGAUGGUACUCCGAGUAAACAGAGGCGUUGCAAGUGUAAAGCUUCAAGAUGCUUGAAGCUGUAUUGUGAAUGCUUUGCGUCUGGAUCGUAUUGCAAUGGAUGCAACUGCUUGAAGUGUCAGAACACUUUGGAGAAUGAGGCUGAAAGACAGGAAGCCAUCAAGGCGAUCUUGGAGCGUAAUCCGGGUGCUUUCAAGCGCAAGAUUGGUGCUAGUCCUCAGGAGGAUGUGAGCCAACUCGUGACUCUGGGAAAGCACAGCAGAGGGUGCAACUGCAAGAGAUCAGGAUGCCUUAAGAAGUACUGCGAGUGUUACCAGGCCAAUGCCCGGUGCUCAGAGAACUGUAGAUGUCGACAUUGCAAGAACUUUGAAGGAAGCCAAGAUAUAAAACAGACAACCAAUGCGACUGUUGAUCUCGCCAUCGACCUUCCUCAAUCAAGAAAGAUCAAGGCAGCUUCACAUUCAGUAGCAGAUAGAGGUUCAUCUGCGUUUCCACACGUCCAAGACCAGACGGUGAAUUACGUUGUAAGGAAUGGUGACACUUCUUUAUUCGCAGUCCCUAACAACAGAGUGGUAUCGGGAUCUACCGCACCUACUUACAGUUACAGGUCCUCACAGUCAGAUACUAACCAGCUGCGCCAUGCCAAAGAGCUAUGCUCACUUUUGGUCUCAAAAUCGAUGGAGGUAGCAAAUAAAAUGUCAGGUACAGACAAAAAGAGGAAAGCCGAGAAAGACUCUUCACUUGAUUCAGCUCAGAGAGAUGCUAAUGUGAUGAAUGACUCUCCAGAUUGUGUCCUUGACGCUGGUAGAAUGAACGAGAAACUUAUGUCUCCAGCAACACGCGCAUUGAUGUGUGAUGAAGAACCUGUGACCAUAUCAGAGAAAGAGGCAUCAGUGAGAGUGAGAACAAGCCAAGAGAAAGAAGACACAGACACAAGCUCGGAGGUUUACGCAGAACAAGAAAAUCAGAUCUUGUCAAACUUCAGGGACCAUCUUAUGCAGCUCUUUAACCGUGGGAGCAUAAAUGGAACAAACAUCCAAAAGGCCAACACAGAUCCGAGUAGAAAGGAACCAGAGGAUGAAGAGCAGAGCCAUGGAGACUCAAGUUUGGGUUCUUAGGGAACUUCUGUGACAAAACUUUAGCAUCUAACUCUUUUUGUAACAUAUGAUCAUGUGACAUUGUUCUAAAAGUUGUAUAGGAAGAUCAGACUAGUUCCUUCUGGUCAAAUAUAACUUCUUUUUGACUAG